GUUUAAUUUCAUUAUUUUAAAAAGUUGCAUUAAGUAGAUUUCUUCUGGGUCUGUUUUCUUCUUUUUUCUUUUUUUUUUUCCCAGGUAUAUAAGGCAGGGAUUUAUCACUCUCAAUCAACAUGUGCCAUAGUUGAUGGAAUUAUCAAGUUCUAUUUUUGGAGUCAUUUUCAUUUCCUCAAAUGGAGAAAACACAGUUGCGUAGGCAGCUUGCUAACAUUAGGCAGUCCCUUUUUGAUCAGGGAUUUCUUGAUGAACAGUUUGUGCAGUUAGAGGAACUGCAAGAUGAUGCUAACCCAAACUUUGUGGAGGAAAUUGUUACAUUGUACUACAGAGACUCAUCCAGACUGAUUCUUAGCAUAGAGCAAGCACUACAAAAGAGCCCUCUGGACUUCAAUAAGUUGGAUGCCCUUAUGCACCAGUUUAAAGGAAGUAGCUCAAGUAUUGGAGCCAAAAAGGUGAAAGCUGAGUGCACACAGUUGAGGGAAUAUUGCAAGGCAGGAAGUGGAGAAGGAUGUAUGAGAACAUUCCAACAACUGAAGAAAGAAUAUACAACUCUGAGAAAGAAGCUUGAAGCCUAUUUUCAGCUCGCAAGACAGGCUGGGCCCAUUGAAUCUGCCUGUCGGCCCAAGUAAUCAUGUGGAUGACAAAUGGACGACAAAGCUUAUGUGGGAGGAUGUGAUUGGAGAUCUUUAUGUUUCUCUAAAUUAUGUAGGCUCCAGUUGUGGAUUGGAGCAGCCUGUGGGGCUUAUAGGUUGCUUUUGUUUUUUGUUUUUUGUUUUUUUUCUUUUUUGGGUUCAUGAAUGCAAUUUCAAUUGAAGUUUUGGA